GCAGUUCUUCCAGAAACGUUGUUCGAGGAUGCCCAUUCCUAGGUUACAUGCAUUGCAGUUUAUAAAUGCAAAAACCGUCAAAGUUUUUUUUUUUUUUUACAAGAGAAGCCUGGUUACUUGCAUCUAUCUAGUUCCUGUCGUAUAUACCAGAUAAUAUGUUUUCCCAGCGAAGAUUGGGUGUCGCCUUAUUUUUCCUGUUGCUGAGUUUGCAAUAUGUUGUUUGUUUAGUUGAUCCAAUAUCCCUGACCAUCGGCGCCGGUGUUGGGCUUGGUGCUUGGUUUGGUGGAUUUGGUGUACUUAAAGAUCAAACUUAUUGCCGUUGGUCAGAAUGCUGCAAUGAGCGUAGUAUUAAGAGGGAUAUUGGAGAGCUGAGAAGAACACUGACGGAGAAGCUGUAUGGACAGCAUAUCGUCAUACAGCAGUUAAUUUCGGCGCUAGAAGCUCAUUUAAAUCCUCACAGUUCUUCACGCAAACCACUGGUGAUGAGUUUUCAUGGCACCCCGGGCACAGGGAAAAAUUAUGUGGCUGAUAUGAUCGCAGAGGCAUUGUACGAAAAAGGUGUGAACAGCAGAUUUAUUCACAAGUAUAGAGGAAGGUUGGAUUUUUCCAUAGAUAAUGAUGUAAAUAAGUAUAACUACCGCAUUUACUCUGACGUCACAAAAGGCAUUAACGAUUGUCCACUAUCUUUGUUUAUUUUUGAUGAAGUAGAUAAAAUGCCGCAAGGAGUUUUUGAAUCGUUAACAUCGCUAGUAGAUUACAAUGGAUUACCAGAUAAUUUGAGUGGCUCUAAGGCUAUUUUUAUUUUCAUUUCCAAUACGGCUGGUGUACAAAUUUCACAUCAACUGGCAAAAAUGCUAAAAAAUGGUGCAAUGCGUGAAAACAUCAAACUCAGUGCUUUUGAGCAGGUACUAGAGAAGGUGUCUUAUAACAUAGAAGGGGGGUUAAAGAAAGCUGGUUUAAUUGAAAAACACGUAAUUGAUCACUAUUUACCAUUCUUGCCGCUCGAAAAGCAGCAUGUUCUCAAAUGCAUAGCCGCAGAGUUUAAAAAAUGGGGCCGAAAUCCGAAGGAAGGCGUGAUAGAGUCAUUACUUCAAGAUGUGAUUACUUAUGAUCGCGAACACGGACUUUUUGCGACCUCGGGUUGUAAAACGAUAGAAAAGAAAGUAGCAACAGAAGUGUGGAUCAAUUGAAAGCCAGGGAUUUAUAUAUAAUUUUUAAUGCAUUUAUUUCUUAUAAAAGUCACACGAAAUACUAAAUAUAUGUGUAUAUUUCGUAUUACCAUGGG